AUGACGAAUGAGGUACUCAUACGCCAGUUUUUUCUCCUGAUCGAUGCAAGAGCUAUCCUCAAAAUUCCUAUACGACAACAAGAUGAGGAUUGGUGGGCGUGGGAGCUUGAGAAGCAUGGUAACUACUCAGUCAAGUCGGCCUAUCGAAAGCUGUAUGUGAUGAACAGUCGAGGAGAUGAGGAGAUGCCAAGUGGCUCAGGCGAUGAUUCCUGGAAGAAGAUUUGGAAGUUACAGGUACCUCCGAAAGUCAAGGUUUUCUGGUGUCGAGUUCUACACGAAUUCCUUCCAGCAAAGGAGAUCUUACAUCGGAGACAUACUGAGCCAACGGCCUUUUGUGAGUUGUGCGGUGCUGACAGAGAAUCAAUCAAGCACAUACUUACUGAGUGCACUGCGGCAAAGAUGUUUUGGCAAGAGGUGAAGAUAAUUACAGGGGUGAAGCUGCUGAGUCUUCAUCCGGUUUCUUGGGGAAGUGACUUGCUGAUGGAUGAACUGUGCAAUGACAAGGAGUGGGCCAUUUUCAUCAUCGGCAUGUAUUCACUUUGGAUGCAAUGGAACCAGCGACGACAUGGCGAUGUUCACAAACCAGUCAGCGUAGCGGUUCGGUGGUCGCUUGAUACAGCCCUGGACUUGUGGAAUAUGAACAAGCCGAUGAAACCGGUGAAGGAGAGAAAUAGUGUGCAGCGUUGGCGCGUGCCGCUGGUAGGCAGGUUCAAAUGUAACACAGACGGUGCUUUUUACCUAGACCAAGGGCAAAGUGCGUCCGGGGUAGCUCUCCGAAACGAUGCAGGUCUCUUUGUUGGUGGACAGGUGAGAUGGUACCCCCAUGGCCUCGAUGCAUUGACCCUGGAAGCUUUGGCUUGCCGAGAUGGUGCUGCUCUAGCUCGGGGCAAGGGGGUGCAACGACUUAUUCUGGAGACUGAUAGCCAGGAGUUUGUGAAGCUUUGGAAGGAGGGCGCCAAUCAACGCUCACGGAUUGCAUCCAUCAUCAGAGAAACUCGGGAAAUUAGCUCUAGUUUUGUUGAUUUUUCUGUGGUUUCCACAAGUCGUUCUUGUAACCGAGUAGCUCAUGUACUAGCUAAGCAAGUUUCAGGUGAUAAUAGGUUGGGUGAGUGGCAGCUAGCCCAACCUGUGUAG